GUAAUCUAUUAUUCCGUCAGGUCGCACAGUAAAUCCAGUUUCCAUCGCAGUCGGCACGUGGAAAUAGCAUUUUUAUCGCGAGUUCAUAUUGAAUACUACGUGGAAACGGCGAUAUGUGAAAUAUUAAAAUAUGUGGACACGUAUUCCAUUGUUAGUUAUUUUUAUACCGCUUCCGUCGGUGCAGCAUUUCAUCUGGCCUCUGAAUAACUGCGUCUUGGCCGACAUAUGCAACCAUACGUGGAUUCCUGAGUGCGGCGCGAUGGGAAAAAUAUUCAGGCUGUUCAUAGACGAGUGUGAUAUGUUUGAAUUUAACUGUGAUAGAGGUGCAAAUUAUAUUAUAACAAACUACACGGAUUGCUUUGGACCUGCCACGGGCUGUCCCCCCUGGCCUGGCAACAGAUUUCUGAGAAUAGGAGACUACAAAUAUAUGGAAGAAAAAAGGCAAAUUGUAUACGCGCCUACAACCCCUUCAUUGCCUGCACGUAUGUUGAAAGGUAAAAGAAGAUACACUCCCACCCCAAGAAUGAAAAGGAGGGAACACAGGGAAGUUAUUACAACAGUGAAAUUGGUUAUUACUCCGAAAAAUACUGUGGUAUUAAGAAGAGUAUCAGUUAUGAAGAAUGGACGUAUGAUGAUAAAGGUGGUAAAGGGAUUGAAGGAACGACGGAAACAUGACUCAGAUUUUUUAGAAUAGAGUGAAGAUCAAUUCUGUUUUUGAGUAAUUGUAAUAUUAUUUUUUAAGAGGUCUUUUUAGGCAUGUAUAGUUUUGCACUUAUUAACAGUAAUUUGUAAUAUUAGCGUGUUUUAAAUUAAGUGUGACAUCUGGUAAUGUUUACAGUAGAUAAUAUAAUGUAAUUAAUUUUGAAUAAGUAAUGCGCCGAAGUCUUAGAGAAUAUAAGAAAGAAGUGAUGUAAUUUAUGUAAUAGUAAAGAUGUUAGGUUGAAAUUAAAGAAGAAAAUAUUAAAUGUAAAGCUAAUAAUAAUGUAAUUUCGACACAAUAACAGUGAAUAGCUUGGCAGUCCACUAUUGUUAUCGGUGUGAAAUUUAUAAAUGUAAUAAAAAGUUUGGCAACAGAUUUGCAAUAAA